GCUUGCCUAGGGGAGAGCUGUGCUGAGCUGAGAGCCAUGACAAGAGCAGUGGCUAAGGAAGGAGAGCCCAAUGGGACCAUUGCAGCUCCUGAAGAGAUGAAAAAGGAGGAAAUGGAAGAGAGAGGCCAGUGGAGCAGCAAAAUGGAGUUUGUGCUGUCUGUGGCUGGGGAGAUCAUUGGUCUGGGUAACGUGUGGAGGUUCCCAUAUCUCUGCUACAAGAAUGGUGGUGGAGCCUUCCUCAUCCCCUACCUCAUCUUCCUCUUCACCUGUGGGAUCCCUUUGUUCUUCCUGGAGACGGCGCUGGGGCAGUACACCAGCCAGGGAGGGGUCACUGCCUGGAGGAAGAUCUGUCCCCUCUUUGAAGGAAUUGGAUAUGCCUCACAAGUCAUUGGAUACUAUCUAAAUAUCUACUACAUCAUCAUCCUGUCCUGGGCACUCUUCUACCUCUUCAGCUCCUUCACUGCUGUGCUACCAUGGGCCAGCUGCAACAACCCCUGGAACUCAGAUCUCUGUGUGGACAUUCUGAAUAGCUCCAGCCUGGACAACAGGACCUUGCCUGCGAACGCCACCUCCCCAAUGAUUGAGUUCUGGGAGAAGCGAGUGCUGGGGCUCACGGAUGGUAUUCACAAACUGGGCGCUGUGCGCUGGGAGCUGGCUCUGUGUCUCCUGCUGGCCUGGAUCAUCUGCUACUUCUGCAUCUGGAAGGGGGUCAAGUCCACAGGCAAAGUCGUUUACUUUACUGCCACCUUCCCCUACAUGAUGCUGAUAAUCCUGCUGGUGCGAGGAGUCACGCUGCCCAGCGCCGCUGAGGGCAUCAUCUUCUACCUGAAGCCAGACAUUUCCAGGCUGGCAGACCCCCAGGUCUGGAUGGAUGCAGGCACUCAGAUCCUCUUCUCUUAUGCCAUCUGUCAGGGGUGCCUGACAGCUCUGGGCAGCUACAACAAAUACACAAACAACUGCUACAGGGACUGCAUCAUGCUCUGCUUCCUCAACAGUGCCACCAGCUUCGUUGCUGGCUUUGCCAUUUUCUCUGUGCUGGGCUUCAUGGCUCGAGAGCAGGGUGUGCCCAUUUCAGAAGUGGCAGAAUCAGGUCCUGGUCUGGCUUUCAUAGCAUAUCCAACAGCAGUAACAAUGAUGCCUGUGUCUCAGCUGUGGUCCUGCCUCUUCUUCCUCAUGCUGAUCUUCUUGGGACUGGAUAGCCAGUUUGUCUGCGUGGAAAGUGUGGUGACCUCUCUGAUCGACAUGUUCCCGGAGCUGCUGCGGAAGAAGGGGCGUCGGGAGCUGCUGAUCCUGGCCAUUGCCGUCAUAUGCUACCUGCUGGGCCUGCUGCUGGUCACAGAGGGUGGGAUGUACAUCUUCCAGCUCUUUGACUACUAUGCUGCCAGUGGCACAUGCCUACUCUUCCUCUCCCUUUUUGAAGUCAUCUGCAUAGGAUGGGUGUAUGGUGCCAACCGCUUCUACGACAACAUAGAGGACAUGAUCGGCUUCCGGCCCUGGCCCUUGAUCAAGAUAUGCUGGCUGGUGGUCACCCCGGGGCUCUGCCUGGCUGUCUUCCUGUUUUCCCUGAUCGAGUACAAACCCCUGAAGUACAACAAUUCCUACGUGUACCCACCCUGGGGCUACGUGGUGGGCUGGUUGAUGGCACUCUCCUCCAUGGUUUGCAUUCCUCUCUAUGCCAUCUUCAUCCUCCUGAAGACCAAAGGACCCCUGAAGCAGCGGCUGGCGCAGCUGAUCGCCCCGGCGCCGGAUCUGCCGCAGCCCAAGCGAGGCGCGGCGGGGCCGGCCGGACUGCAGCGCCAGGGAUGGGCCCCUCCGCUCCAGGAGGUGGUCACCGUCACAGAGCGAGAAACCCACUUCUGAGGCACUGAGGACGGCUCCUCCAUGCCCUGGACUGAUCCGCUCUCUUCUUCCCAAAGUGGUUUCUUUUCUCCUGGGCUUUUCACGUCUCCGCUUCACGUCUGAG